CAGAGAGGGAUGGAGGACACUGAAUGGAGGCCAGUGUAGGAAUUGGCAGAGAGGGAUGGAGUACACUGAAUGGAAGCCAGUGGAGGGAUUGGCAGAGAGGGAUGGAGGACACUGAAUGGAGGCCAGUGUAGGAAUUGGCAGAGAGGGAUGGAGUACACUGAAUGGAAGCCAGUGGAGGGAUUGGCAGAGAGGGAUGGAGGACACUGAAUGGAGGCCAGUAGAGGGAUUGGCAGAGAGGGAUGGAGGACACUGAGUGGAGGCCAGUGGAGGGAUUGGCAGAGAGGGAUGGAGGACACUGAAUGGAGGCCAGUGGAGGGAUUGGCAGAGAGGGAAGGCAGCUACAGAACGGUUAACUGUAGAGGGGAUAGCCUGCGAUGAGGUAGGCAACUG